AUGGGGAAGCAGGCGCAUUUUCAAAUUCUUGCUGAGGAUGGAUUCGGGAUAUGGCUGGGGAUGCCAUUAACCGUCACUACUGCCGCUCCAAAUCCGUUUGACGAAGGAAUGGAGAACGGAGUAGACGAGAAGGGACAGACACCGGGGAAGGACACUUUAGAGAAAGGCGGCUUAGAGAAGGAUACCACAGAUAUGGAGAUUGAACCCAAGAAUGUCGCCAACAAGGACACAUUUGAACUGAAAACGGACCUCGAAACGCGCGAGGGUGAAGUAGAGAACAGAGAAAUGGAUGUCGAUAAUAGAGAUACUGAUGUUGAGAAUGUUGAGGUCGACAUGGUUGAGGAUUCAGCCAGUGAAGAAGACGAUGCAUGCACACCUCCAGAUGCUGCUAUGGAUGUUAAUGUCUCCUGCGAUGAUGAGUGUGCAGAGCCCAUCAAGAAGUGUAAGCCAUUCCGCGAUAAUAUCGUUAUUGAAGAUAUGCCUCGCUGUGAAAGCGACUACAUGACGGAAGAAGAGGACGAUCCUGAUGAUCUGUACAAGCCGGAGGGCACAAUAUACCUCGACAUUGAUGGGUUCAGUCAGUUCUGUAAAGGAUCACCCGAGACACAGCAACGCCUCUCAAAACCAGUAUUUGUUCGAGGCCUUCCAUGGAAGAUUUUAGCGAUUCCAAGGCAUGCAGCGCGAGUUGGAACUGGUACGAGACCUAACAAAGCUCUCGGUUUUUUUCUUCAAUGCAAUGGGGAUUCUGACGCGGUCGCUUGGAACUGUAUAGCGUCAGCAUCAUUGAAGGUCCUGGGACAGAUCGAAGGUUUCGAGGAUCACUCUCGACGAAUUACUCAUACCUUUUACCCAAAGGAAAAUGACUGGGGAUACUCACAAUUUUUAACAUGCGAUCAUUUAAUUAAUCCCGAAAAUGGUUUCAUUAAAGACGAUACUAUUCGCUUAGUAGUUCAUGUGUCUGCGGACGCCCCGCACGGUGUACAGUGGGAUAGCAAGAAACAUGCCGGUUACAUUGGACUCAAAAAUCAGGGAGCUACAUGUUAUAUGAAUUCUAUACUACAGACGUUGUAUUUUACUACAAAAUUGCGUAAGCAUUCUGAUCGUCCAGUUGGAACUAAAAAACUGACAAAGUCUUUUGGUUGGGAUUCACUGGAAACUUUUAUGCAGCACGAUGUACAAGAGCUCUGCAGAGUACUGCUUGAUAAUCUUGAAAGCAAGAUGAAGAAGUCUCCUGUGGAGGAUACCAUUCCAAACUUGUUCCGUGGUGUCAUGAAGUCUUAUAUUCGUUGCACUAAUGUUAGUUUUGAGAGCAGCAAAGAGGAACCCUUCUAUGAUAUUCAGCUGAACAUAAAGGGAAAAAAUAAUAUCAUGCAAUCCUUCCGUGAGUACGUACAAGUUGAGCGGCUGGAUGGGGAGAACAAGUAUGACGCAGGUGAUUAUGGAAUGCAGCCGGCUGAGAAAGGAGUGAAAUUUGUUUCAUUCCCUCCUGUUCUGCAUUUACAGUUGAUGCGUUUUCAAUAUGACGCUACUCUUGACGCAAAUGUGAAGAUCAAUGACAAGUUCGCUUUCCCAGACAAAUUGUGCCUAAACGAGUUUGUCGAAGGAAAUGGCGAGGACUACACUUAUUCUUUACAUGCCGUACUUGUUCAUUCUGGUGAUUUCCAUGGAGGUCACUACGUCUGGUGCAAAUUCGACGACGACGUGGUAUCGCGAGCUACGGUCAGAGAAGCAGUAAUGGCUAACUAUGGAGGGGAUGAUGGUGAAUCUACUGGAAGGACGUAUACGAAUGCCUACAUGCUUGUGUAUGUGAGACAAACUUGUAUAGAUGAUGUGCUUUGUCAACAUGAAAAUUUACAAGUUCCUGCGCAUCUGGUCCAAAGAUUUGAGAACGAAAGAGAAGAGGAGAACAAGAAAAAGAAAGAAAAGCAAGAAGCACAUUUGUAUACGGAAAUUGUGAUGGUGACAGACGAACAUCUCGCAAGCUACAAUGGUUUUGAUCUGGUUGAUCCUAAGCUUUUGGAUGACACCGGUUUGCCAAGAGAGAAGAUUGAGAAGGGCAUGACUAUUCCACACCUAUAUGAUUACGUGAAGCAUAAGCUGUUUUCCAAUGAAGAUGAUAUCCCCGCUCGAGAGUUAUUUCGGAUCUGGAAAUUUGAGGAGACCACCUACAAAGAUGAAGGCAGCAUC